AUGGAUUUAAAAACGGAGCUACCUCCCCAGAAAUUUAGGAUCCCCAAGGGCAGACUUGGCCUGACUAGGGUAGGAGACUUGCCCUUACAGGAUCAGAAGGUCCCUGCCUUAGCCCUUAUCAAGCUGACCGCGCUCUGUGACGUCCUGGGCUUGGACCUGAAAAAGAGCAAGGCCGGCAAACGGAAGGCGACAGAAACUUGCCUUUUCAGCGUGUCCCUCAACACCUUGCUGGAAGCCGACCGUAGAUCCCUCCCCAGCACCCAGGUCCCGCUGGUCCUUCAAGCGCUGCUGUCCUGUUUGGAAGAGAGGGGGCUGGACACAUCGGGCAUUCUCAGGGCGCCAGGGUCAAAGGGCAGGGUGACUUACUGGAGCCUUGAGCCAACUUCUCAUCAGCGCCUCUCCUUCCUGCGGGGGCUGGAACACAAGCUGAAUCACAACGACGCAUCUGAUUUGCUCCAAAGGCCCACCCGGGCACGGCCGGCGUCUCUGCUCACCGCGGAGCACCUCCAGGCCUUCCCCGGGGUGCCCAACAUCCCAGACCUGACCCGGUGCCUGCGGGCCCUUCUGCUCAUCCUGACCCUCCCAGAACCCAGCAGAAACAUCCUGAAGGAAAAGUUACCACGAGCUGCCUUCACUCUACCACGUACUCCUGGAAUUCUUCCCAGUGGCCCGGGAGCCGAGCAACAGAUGAUGCUGUGGAGCGUUUCCACGGAGAUGGCCCCUCAUCUCUUCCAGCACCGAGAGGGCCCCCCCAAACUCCCCAGGGGCAGAGAGAAGCAGCUGGCCGAGGGGACAGCUGAGGUGGUGCGGAUGAUAGCGCAAUCCCAGGACCUGCUCUGGACGGUGAGUGCUGUGGUCAACCACGAAUGGAGGGGAUGGUGUGAAAACAACGACAGCAUUCGCCGGUGCGCCCAGCUCUGCGAUGGGGGUCUCAAAACCUGGCUGCGAAAGAUGCACGCAGACAAGAACAAGGCGACGGACGGCCCCGAGUUGGCUGCCAGGAACGGCGCUGUCGACUGUGGCCACCAGGGGGCGUCCCGGGCCCGUCGCAGCGAGAGAGGAGGCGGGGCCUCAGAAACGGGGGAGGUGACGCGGCUGAGCAAGGAGGAAACGUGGUUGGUCUUGCUGCCUCUAGAAGAGCCAGUGGCUUGCUUCUCUCUGUCUUACAGCAACAGGUCCACGAAGUCAGCCGGCAUGCUCCUCCACGAAGUCAGAGGGAAUAUCAGUGAGCAUCGCCUGGACCCAGAUGCCCACCUUUUAGAUCUGUACCGCACCAACCCCAUGGCGAGUGGGGGUCAUCAAACAGAACCCCACCUAAGCCCCUGGGCUCUAAGGAGCAGCCUGGAUGCCACAUCCCUGCCCCUACGGGCUGGGUAUACUCAGUGUGGGAGCACAGCUACUUAA